UUCACUCGCAACUCGUCGCUUUGUUUACAAUUUGCGGCGCGGAUUAAUCUGAUUUUUUGAAACAAUUUGGAAAUUAAAAACAUAAUGGAUGAUCCAUUAAGACCUAAAACGGUGCCCUUAUCGGCCGAGACAAUUUUGUGGUUUGAAUUUCUGUUGGAUCCCUCUUUGCUGACAUCGCACCUCGCCAAGGCAAAUCCAGAUCCCUCACCAAUAGACCUUAUAACACAAUUCAUCGCAAUGUCUCCCGACCACCAAAUAGCGCAGUAUGAUCUGACCGGUCCUGAAAUUGAACAAGUUGCCCCACCGCAAACCGAAAAUUUCCGCCUGGUAAGGAAGCAGCUCGCGCUCAAGGUGCUGACAUUGAAAGUGGCCACGCACCUGAAGUGGAAUUUAGAUGUAAUUGAAAGGAGCCUUCCCGUGCAAAAACAAAUUUUCCUCUUUCGAGAUUUGUGUACCAUUGCGUUCGGGAAGCCAAUUCUCAUUCCGCUUCCGCUUGACUUCGAUCAGAAAGUUGGCCCAGAAGGCAAUGCAAAAGCGGUUAAGUUUGCACUGACUUUGUACCAUCGUUGGGUUCUGCGAACGCAAAUUCUGAAAGAACUUGCUAUCAAAGCGGCCAGGCCAAUAAUGCACAUCCCCAUGCCCCCAGAGCCGCUCAACCCAAUCGCCCCAGACAUUCCAGUGCAACCCAGCGUCGACUACCUCAAUAGCUUACUACAAUCCACGUCCAGCGAACCCUUCUAUAUCUUUACCUACGACUCCCUACCCACCGUCCAUGCCAACACCGACAAAAUCGACCAAGAGUUCAGGAAUAUGCCGCAAAUAUCCCAAGCUGAACUUCGAGCCCAAGUGUACUUCGACCUAACUGGCUUCUAUCUGUUCUCGCGGCAAUUUGAGUUGGCGCAGCAGAGCGUCAUCGAGUGCCACAAGAAUUUGCAGGAACUUAAAUUCGAGUAUAGCCGAAAAUGCCUCGUGAAUUUUCUCUACUGCCACGUGGAUGAAGGAGAAUUAGAAGGCUACAUGCUUGCUUGCGGCGUCAGUAAGGUUCCGGAGACGUUACUUUCAAAGUUCAACUUUUCGGUUCUUAAUCAAUACAAGGACAUCGAUAAAAUUUUGAAGCUGGAUAAUAUAAAUCGCGAGAUCCCCAUCGUUAAUCGGAGAAUCGUUGAGCUAGACAUCGAGGGAGCAAUCAUUCACGGGCAGGUAAAGCUGCCCAAAGACCUAGAAGUGAAUGUUUCGGCGCUGAAUGUGAUUCGCGGCAUCUUUGAAGCGGACAACGUGUUCAACAGCGUCGAUUAUAUGAAAAAGUACAAAACGCUCGAACCUUUUAAUGCAAUCGUUGAAGGAUUGACUGAUUUACUGCCACAUUGCUCUUUGCGAGAUAAAAAUAAAAUCAAAGAAUUCGUCAUUAACCAAAUCUUGGUUAACAAGGACAACAAGAAGAUCAUUAAACAAGCGGAGACUCUAGGGAUAUUCACAACAUCCGAGCUCGAAGAUUUGCGGCGACAAAUAACUGACGAGGAGAUCAUGCUCCCACCUCUCGCAACUCAUAUGGAUUGGAAAUGGUCAUCGAAAAAUCAACGGAUUGAAAUCGGUGCCUGGGAAAGACAGCUAAUAUCGUGUACAAAUGCGAACACUGUCCGGAAAGUUCUUGUUAAACUUGCCCCUACAAAUCCGUCAAAGCCUCUCUGGUCGAUAAAUCCGAGCUGGCAAAUACCGAGUCCAAUAAAAUCUCUUCUCAUGUCGUUUCAACGGGGAUUCCUUCAAGACUUCUCUUAUGUCCUGCUAGGAAAAUCGAGGGAAAUGGCAUCGCGAAAUGACUUCGUAGGGGCGGUAUCAAUGCUGAGUGUUUUAAAAUCAGAACUUCAACGACCAGAACUAUCUAGUGCUGCCCCAGUUGCGAAAUUUGCUAAAUUGGUCAAUUGGGAGAUAUUAUUUAUUCAAAUCUGCCAAGCACUGGAGGAGUGGCACUCAAAGCCGCUGGAUUUCAAUUCACUCGCGACCAGGUGUAAGCAGUGUUUGAACUCUUUGCAAAAUGGUGACAAUAUCAUCCCCAGGAUUGAAAUAAUUGAGCACUGUGCAAUGGUCCUACUGAAUUUGAAUGACUGGAAUGCUCUUAUGUUCCUCGAUAAACGCUUAGCAUCAUUAGAACUUCCAAUAGCAUUUGCAGCAACAUUCCUUGAAAUGGAGAAGCUAAAAACAAGCAAGAAAAUGCCGCGCGAUGCAUGGGAUAUUGUUUUAGCAAUGUUUAGCACGUCACAACAAAAACGAGGUGGGGGUAAUUCCAGGAAUUCACCGAGUUUAGUCGUCUCAUCAAGUUUAUAUCCGUUUUUGAAGAAAAUUCGAGAACCAAAAGUUUUCUCGCUUGCCAUUUCAUUGUUGGCAAAAAUUCACAAUAUAUUAAAAGACGAUCCAAAUUUAGAUCUGAAUGGUGACUACGUUAAUUUAUGGCCGGCCAAUAUCAGCAAUCCCGUUGGAUAUAACAUUCGUCCAGUAGCAGAAACGCUAAACUGGCUACUUACCCAAGCUUUGCAAUUCUAUCCACAGAACACAAACUGGCUUAAAAUCAAAGGAGAUCUUGAACUCGCAAUUGGCAAUAACGAAACAGCAAUGAAAUGUUAUGUUAACGCCUUAGUAACAGGAACUGAGUAUUUUUCUCUGCCUUUGCAACGUCCAAUAAUUGAUGAUUAUAUUAUUCGUAAAAUGAUAAAAUGUUCAUCAAAUUUGGAUUGCUAUAUGCAAGCAGCAGUAUUGUGUCAGUUCCUGGAUGAUAUUGACUACGGCCUGGCGUUCAAAAACAUAUCAGAAAAAUCGACUAGCUUCUCUGAUGCAAUGGAUGCAUACUACGGUUGUAUCUGGGAUCCCACAUUACUUGAAUUCAUAGUGCAUUUGCACAACAAAAAAGGAGAACAUAAUCGGAAGUUGGAGGCGAUAUCUGUUAUGAGCAACCUAGAGUUGAAUGCAAACAAUAACGAAGAAAUUAAGCGUGAAGCUGCUUCAAUCCGAAAACUAAAAUUUCUUAAAGCGCUAGCUAACCAAUACUUGAUGUAAAUAAGUAUAAGAAUGUGAUUCUAGUUCUAAUCAAAAAUAAAAUUUUAUAUCAAU